CAGUCAGAUCGUCUACAGGGGAGGGGGCUUGGUCGUCACCCCCCUCUCUCUUGUGCGCUCUCCCUCUCUUUCCUCUCACCAGACAAUAUCACUGCAGAAAGGUACAAGCGGCCGCUCUCCACAGGGCUAUUGAACAACUCCCGUUUCGGACGAUUUUGGCCUGGAAUUCAUGACAGAAAGUAUCUGUAAAUGAGGCACGCCACGUGUAUUUGCCUGUUUUUUGGACAGCAUUUGGUGGAAUCGAUCCUAUUGGAUGAUUUAACCCUGUGUGAGCAGCAGUUCUGGAAUAUAGAUCUUUUUUUUGUUGCGCUGAGAGCUUGAAUCUUUGCUUCUAUUCCUUUUACGGCAUCAGUGACAGCGCGCGGGGUUUGGUGUCAUUGGUCCGGCUUUUGAUGUUCCCUAUUUAAAACAUCUGCGGGCAAAUUGAUAGGAUUUUGAUUAAUAGGUAGGCUAGCAGCAAAUGGUGCUAGUGCCAUGUUUCUUAGGUAGGGCCCGGAUGUUCCGAGGAUGCACUGGUUCGUCUUCUUAGGUGGUUCAAGCGAAUAUCUAUUUAUGUGUUCCAACUCCAGAAUGGGGAUCAGGUAAUAUUUACUGAAACGCAACAAAAAAAAGGAAUAUCGAAAGCUGUCCGGGCGUUAUUCUUUUUUUAUUUUCCUUCUCUUUGGUUUCUCUUUUUUCUUCCUCUCUACUCCUUUUACAAGCCUUUUCUCCAUUCACCUACGGAUAAAGCUGGACCACAUUUAUGGUAAAUGAAAGCAAAAACAUGUACAUACCAGAGGACACCCUUGAGAACCAUCAAGGCUCCGACUACUCCCCCCCACCGCUGCCGGAGGUGGGGCCCAGUCUGAACGAUACCAGCGUUGCAGAUGGAGGAGGUGGCGUUGGUGGAAGUGGAGGUGGGCGCGGGCCCCUGGAGGCCGUGGUCGGAGGGGCGGUGGUGGGGCUAGCGGCAGAGCACAUCCCCAGCGGCCCCGGGGCGGCCCUCACCUGGCAGGCGGCCAUCGAGGCGGCGCGGCAGGCCAAGCAGAUGGGGAACGCGGGCGCGCCCAUCUCCACAGCCAGCUCCACACAGAGGAAGAGGCAGCACUACACCAACAAGCCCAAGAAACCCAUCAACACGGCCCCAACCAGACCUCCCAGAGCCCUGCUCUGCCUCACCCUCAAGAACCCCAUCCGCAGAGCCUGCAUCAGCAUCGUGGAGUGGAAACCGUUUGAAAUUAUCAUUUUGAUGACUAUAUUUGCGAACUGCGUGGCCUUAGCUGUCUACAUCCCCUUCCCAGAGGACGACUCAACGCCACCAACUCAAACCUGGUAAGUCACACCUGAACUGACACAGGC